UGCAGCCCUAUCAAACCAUUUUCCACAAAAGAAAUAUGAUAUAGUUUUAAUAGAUAAAUGAAAUACCAUAUAUGCUUUGAAUAACUUGCCAGACAGUCAAGAAUGGCUGCUUUGGCAUUUCCUUAGCAUAGUAGCAUUUAAAAAACUUUAGGGUUUCCCCUCCCCAUAUAAAAAGUUUUGGGGUCUCCCCACCCUUUAUCUUUUACUCUUACAUGUCUUUCAUUAAACUCCAUUGGGGGAGGUCCAAGGGGAAAACCCCAUGACUCAAGUUUUGGAGAUGAGAAUGAGAGAGAGAGAGAGAGAGUUGAAGUGCUUCCUGGCUUAGAGAGAGAGAGAGAUGAAGUGCUCCCUGGUAGAGAGAGAGAUAAGAGUUGAAGUGCUUCCUGGUCAAAAGAGGUGAGAAUUGAAGAGCUUCUAGGGAGAGAACCUCGUUUAGACAGGAGGGAGAUGAAGUGACCAUUCAAGAAGGAAAAAUUUCAGAUAUAUAAAAAAAAAAAACAAGAAAGCGAGAUGAAGUGCUUCCUGAUUUAGAGAGAGGUGAGUAAGUUGAAGUGCUUACUGCUUGAGAGAGAGAGAGAGAGAGAGUUCAAGCACCUCCUGGUUGAGAGAGAGAGAGACUGUGUGUGUGUGAGAGAAGGAGACCGUGUGUGAAGGAGAGGGAGAAAGUUGAAUUCCUCCUGAGAGAGAGAGAGAGAGAGAGAGAGAGAGAGAUGGUGGUCGGAGUGGGGUCGAGUAGUUGGUCUAAGGAGUACAGUGGGAAGAUGACUCCAUUUGUGCUAUUUGCAUGCAUAGUGGCGGCCACAGGAGGUCUCAUCUUCGGUUAUGACAUCGGAAUUUCAGGGGGUGUCACUUCUAUGGGGCCUUUCCUCGAGAAGUUCUUCCCUGAAGUAUACAAAAAGAUGCAAGAGGAUUCAAUAAGCAGCAAUUACUGUAAAUUUGAUAGUGAACUCCUGACGUCUUUCACUUCUUCACUGUACAUUGCCGGACUCAUCUCCUCUUUCUUUGCGUCAUCUGUUACGCGUGCGUAUGGUCGCAGGCCUUCUAUUCUGAUUGGUGGUGCUGCAUUUCUUGCUGGUUCAGCGCUUGGGGGAGCUGCCAUGAACAUUUAUAUGCUCAUAUUCGGGCGUGUUUUGCUAGGUAUUGGCGUUGGAUUCGCAAACCAGGCUGUCCCACUAUACUUGUCAGAGAUGGCCCCACCUCGAUAUCGAGGAGCCAUAAGCAAUGGCUUUCAAUUCAGUGUUGGAAUUGGUGCUCUUGCGGCAAAUCUCAUUAACUAUGGCACCGAGAAGAUAUCUGGUGGAUGGGGGUGGCGAGUCUCCCUAGCCUUGGCUGCUGUUCCCGCUUCCCUUCUCACUGUAGGCUCCCUAAUCCUCCCUGACACCCCCAAUAGCUUGAUCGAGAGGGAGGCCUCUCACGAUAAGGCAAAAAUGAUGCUCCAGAGGAUCAGAGGAACUACAAAUAUAAACAACGAGUUUGAAGAUCUCAUCCAAGCAAGCAAAAUCUCAAAGAGCAUUUCUCACCCAUUCAAGAACAUACUGAAGAAGAGGUACCGGCCCCAAUUGGUCAUGUCAAUUGCUAUACCAUUCUUCCAACAAGUUACUGGGAUCAAUGUGAUUGCAUUCUAUGCACCCCUUCUUUUUCGAACAAUUGGGUUUGGAGAGAGCGCCUCUCUUAUGUCUGCAGUGGUCACAGGGCUUGUUGGGACCAUCUCAACAUUCAUUUCGAUGCUAACUGUUGAUCGUUUUGGUCGGCGUACAUUGCUCUUGGUGGGUGGGGCUCAAAUGCUUGUGGCUCAAAUGAUUGUAGGUGGGUUGAUAGGGGCAAAACUUGGUGACCAUGGAGAAGGGCUGGGCAAAGCGUGGUCUUAUUUUGUUUUAGUGAUGAUAGGUUUCUAUGUAGCCGGGUUCGGAUGGUCGUGGGGCCCACUUGGGUGGUUAAUCCCUAGUGAGAUAUUCCCUUUAGAGAUCAGAUCAGCAGGUCAGAGUAUCAAUGUGGCGGUGAACUUCUUGUUCACAUUUAUAGUUGCGCAAACAUUUUUGGCGAUGCUUUGUAGGCUUAAGUUCGGGAUCUUUUUCUUUUUUGGGGGUUGGGUGGCGGUGAUGACUUCAUUCGUGUACUUGUUCUUGCCUGAGACAAAGAAUGUUCCAAUAGAGCAAAUGGGUUCGGUGUGGAGAGAGCACUGGUUUUGGGGGAAGAUGGUCAAGGAGUCCAAGGCCGGUGCUAUUGAGCUCGAAUGAUUCCACAAUUGAUGUCCAUCAAAUGGGUUAGGCAAGAUCAAUGCCAAGAGGAAGAAAGAGUAGGGUGUAUUGACGAAGCUAACCUUUAAACAACUGCUGAAUGCGUGGUGCUAGCAUGAGGUUGAAUGUGUCAUACAAGAUCCAUGCAUGUUGUCUAUGUCCUUCAUAAAUAAGGUUGCUUGAGCUGCUCCAUGCUUUCAAACAAAGCAAACAUGUGAGUCCUAUAUGGUCAUCCAUACGUAUAGCCAUGUAUUAUGUCUAUUCUACUUCCAUACAUGCAUCUUGUGGGCAUGUGUACCGAAGUAUUCUAUAAUUUAUUGCCAAUUCUUCAUGGGUUACUA